CUCGUCCAACCACGACGACCUUUGAGUAAAGCAACUGAACUUGCCCAGAGUCUCGGAUCCAACAACUUUUCUCUCGACACACUGACUAUCAAGUCAUCAUCUCAUUUAGUACAUUUUCUCUAAGGCCUUUGGAUCACAUCUUUUUAACACCAAGGUAACCAUGCCUCCCCCACCACCAAAUAGGCGCGAGCAGGCCACAGCUGCCCCUAGCUCAACCGACAAGUCGGAGACCGGCGCUGGCGCCGCCCGCAAGGAGGACAACAUCUACAUCCCGUCAUAUAUCAGCAAACAGCCCUUUUAUGUCAGUGGUCUGGAUAAUGAAGAAGGUGAUUCUCUUCUUCAUCAGCGUGCGCGGCAGCAGGAGGAAGACAAAGCCGCCCAAGCCGCCGCACUUCUCGCCCGGGGUAAGAAGGCCGGUCCGGCAAGGACGAAAUGGGUCAAGGGCGCGUGCGAGAAUUGUGGCGCCAUGGGACACAAGAAGAAAGACUGCCUCGAACGGCCGCGCAAAUUCGGCGCCAAAGCGACGGGCAAGGAUAUCCAGGCGGACCGGAUCGUGCGCGACGUGAAGUUGGGGUACGAGGCCAAGCGAGAUGUUUACAGCGCGUAUGAUCCAAAACAGUACAUGGAGGUGGUGGAGGAGUAUAACAUGCUGGAGGAGGCUCGACGGGCAUUACAGGGAGACCAGAAGACGCCGGAUGGGGAGGGAGCAGAUGGUCCCGAAGACGACAAGUCAGGGUUUAAGUACGACGAGGAAUCUGAUAUGGGACGCGAUCGUGCUACGACCAAACAAUCUAUGCGUAUUCGCGAGGACACAGCGAAGUACCUUCUGAACUUGGACUCGGAUUCCGCCAAAUACAACCCCAAGAAGCGCGCCCUCGUCGACGCCGGUGCUAUAGCCGACAAGUCCGCCGCCUUGUUCGCUGAGGAAAGUUUCCUCCGUGCUUCUGGCGAAGCAGCGGAAUUCGAAAAGGCCCAGCGUUAUGCAUGGGAGGCACAGGAGCGAUCGGGCGAUACCAGCCUGCAUUUGCAAGCCAACCCGACUGCUGGUGAGAUUCUACGCAAGAAGGAGUCUGAGGAACGCGAGGCCAAGCGGAGGAAGAGAGCGGAAGAGUUGGCGAACCAAUAUGGCACACAGCCCGUCAUCUCAGACGCACUUCGAGAAACCAUCAAGGAAAGCGAGACCUUUGUGGAGUAUGACGAGGCCGGCCUGAUCAAGGGGGCACCGAAGAAGGUCGGCAAGUCCAAGUAUCUCGAGGACGUUUACAUCAACAAUCACACAUCUGUUUGGGGCAGUUGGUGGUCAGACUUCAGAUGGGGCUACGCUUGCUGUCAUUCAUUUGUCAAGAACAGUUACUGCACAGGAGAGGCAGGUAUAGCUGCAAGCGAGAAGGCGGAUGCUUGGGACAAGUAAACAGUAUGUCUAACAGUUUUUGAUGUUAAAAAUGAUACCACAGUGCCACAACUUGAGAGUGCCUAACCGAUC